AUGGGCUGCUGCUUCUCUCGUUCCGCGGGUCCAAACUCGCCCUAUCCCGGAGGCGUUCCCGAUGCCUCUUCUCGCGCCAUCAACCCGCCGCCCUUGAGCUUGCCUGAGGGCAUCAUAUCCAGCAACCCGCAAGCCGCUGCUCUGAGUCACCACCGCCGCCGCCGGGACCCGCGCCCUCUCGACCAGCACAUCAACAGGCCGCUGCGCCGACACCAGUGGACCUCUACACAGCGAGUGUGGACUCGCCGCGACCUUGUCAAGGAGCGCGCCGAGUUCUUCGACACCAGAGUCGUCUGCCGGCCCGAGAUCUGGCAGACGCUGCAUGCCGCGCUGCAGGUGCUGUGGGAGUCCAACCCGGAGGAUUCCCAGGACGAGGACAAUGCUCUAGCUACGGCGCAGACCAUUCUCACAGCUGCCGAGAUCUCGCUCCCGACGGGCAAUCUCGUCAACGGUGCGUACGACGCUCUGGGCAACUUGUAUGCGCUGCCCGAAUGGGUCGUGGCAGACCCGGAAAACCUAGCGGACGACAGAGACCCGGAUGCCAAGGGCGACACAUCGACGGCGGGCGAAGAAACUGCCGGGGAGGACGAUGACGUUGACUCAGAGGAGGCCGAGAGGAGAAGGGAAGAAAAGGGCAAGGGAGUGCUGGAUGAGCGGGAGAUGGUUACUCUCCGUGCACGGCUGAGCGAGACGGGCCGGGACAUCAAGGUCAACGUGGCCAAGACAGACAGCGUACGGACUGUCAUUAAGAGGAUUACAGAGCUGUCAUCGCUUCCCUCAGACAAGAAAAUCCGCCUGGCCUACAUGGGCAAGAUGCUCAAGGAGAACUCUUCCCUCGAGGCCCAGGGCUGGCACGUCGGCCACGUCAUAAACGCCUUGGUCUUCAACCGAUGA